GAGAUGACGCGGACGGCUUUCGCAUCGCAGCCCUCCGCGAGUACCGCUCCCUCGUCGCAGCAGUCCACAAGUGCGGCAGCCUAUCUGACCACGAGCCCGUGGACGACGGUCGGGGCGGCGACCGACACGCGUGCCGCGUCGGCGGCUUUCACCACCGGUUCCGGCAGAUGGGCCGCAGCUUCGGCGCCAGCUCUCGCGACGAACCGCAUCCCGGAGACAACGUGGCGUUGGUUCCAGUCGCGCACGCGGGCCGGACAGUUGCCGACGGUGCAGCAGAGCCGUGGGUCCUCGGACGCCAAGCGGCUCGCCUCGUUCGCUGCCCCGUGGGCCGGUUCGCUGAGCGUGGGCGCUUCCGUGGGCUACUCGAUGCCGGCUGCCCGCAGUCUCUUGCGCGCCACGGACAAUGCGACGGAGUACUUCCACAUCAGCAACAAGGAAAUCUUCUGGUUCGACUCGCUUCUCCUGCUGGGCGCCGUGUUCGGAUCGCUAUGCGCCUGCUUCGUGGUACGCUCGCUCGGCCGGCGCAGGAUGCUGGCGGUGGGCUGCCUCGGCUCGCUGGCCUCAUGGUUGGUCAUGGCCGCCGUCUCUGCCGAAUCCUUCCACCUGCUCACGGCCAGGGUGCUCGGAGGACUGUGCACCGGCGUCGUGUCGCUCGUCGUUCCCGCCUACACCGCCGAGGCGUCCCCCGCCAAAGACCGCGGAAAGACGUGCGGCGCCUACCAAACGGGCGUGGCUGCGGGAGUGCUCAUCAUGUGCGCCUUGGGCAAGUUCGCCAACUGGUCGCAGCUGGCCCUGUGGUGCGCGAUGCCGCCGGCGAUGGCGCUCCUGCUGCUCUGGAAGGCCGUCGAGUCACCUCGCUGGCUGUACGAGAACGCGCAGCACGAGGACGUGCAUAAGGCGCUGCGGAUCCUUCGAGACAACACCCUCGAGGCGGACGCCGAGUACGAGGAGAUCGAGGCGAUCUACGUGAAAACGCCAACGCCCCUCAUGCACUACAUGCUGGCCGUGCUGGUGAUGUUGGUGCAGCAGUUCUCCGGCGUCAACGCAAUCCUGCUCUUUGCCUGCGGCCCCCUUCACGCGGGCUUUGGAUACGCCUCGCACGACACAUUCAUCGUGCUGUCAUCCUUGCAGUUCGUGACGACCGCAGUAGCUGCUCAUCUGCUCGACGCCGUGGGCCGAGUGAAGCCCCUGGUGGUGUCCGUGGUCGUAAGCACCGGGAGCGUGAUGGCCUUGGGCGGCGUUUACUUCAGCGUCUCGCAUGAUGAACGGUCGCUUGACUACUACCUCGCCGCUCGCAUCACCGUAGUCUGCAAGGUCAUCUUCACCAUCGGUUUCUCUCUCGGUCUCGGUCCGGCGUCCUGGGCUCUCGCCAUCGAACUGGCACCGCUACGCAACAGCGGGUUCGAGUUCGGAAGCGUGUGCGCUUUCCAUUGGGCCUCGGCGCUUGCCAUCCUGAGCAUGUUCAGCAUCGUCGGCACCACGACCGCGUCGCUCGCGCUGCUGGUCAUCUUGUCCGGCGCCGUCACGUUCGCGGGCGGCAUGACCGCCUUCAAGCUACUGCCGGACACGCGAUGCGUCAGCCUCGAGGUAAUCCUGCUGCGAGGCCAGGCGGACGUGACCACCCGCAGGGCGUCCGACAUUAUGCACGCGCUCAAGCCCCCCAGCGCGCUGCAGCAGAUGACCAGGGCAGAGCACGAAGAUCCCAAGGCACUGCGAGGCGAACACAAAGGGCACCAGCAGAAAGACGAGCACCGAUCGUCCGCUACGAGCACCGCCAAGCCACAGGGCAAAGCUCACGCUAAGCCUCCGGCCAAGCCACAAGCAAGGGCAGAGCCUAGUGCUGAGCCCGAGGCCAGGGCUAAACGUGGCGCUGUGGAAGCGGUUGUAUCGGGCGAAGCUGAGGGCAAGUCCGGCAUGCUGAGCGCUGAAACGCCCGCCGUUUCGCCGGACGAAGCUGCUGCUCAGGAUAAGGAGGAAAUGUCAGGCGCCGACGAGGAAGAGCAACCAUAGGCGCCUCUCGCUCGCACAGCGUGGAGCCGGACACUCGAAGUGUCAGGCUCGGUUGGCCAGUGGCGCGAGACAAUUGCGCGCUGGACGGUGGACCGAGUGAGAUGCGGCGCAUAUUGGGGCGCAAUAUUGCUUAAUGCCUUCUACUCCCGUGCAACAUUUCAUUCGUCCGCUUUGAAUGACUCUGUUUGGCUAGUUUUCAAUUUUUAUUGAACUUUAUUUCAUGGCGUAACGCCAAAUCUUAAGCGUCACGAAUGCACGGCGUUACUGUUUGUGGUCGCGCUUCCCUCUGGUGAAUCUUGAUUUAGGAAUAUAUAUUGUGUUUAGGUGCUGAA